AGUCUGCGGAUGUAAGUUCAGCCGUGAAGCCCGACUCCACCGAUCCCCCUCACGGUGGCCCGUCAGACCAGGGCCAGGGGCUCCCCCCAGACUCCCAGGCUCUGAUGAGGCCCCAAGAGGACGGCACGACCAGGCAGAUCAUGCAGCUGCUCCAGGAGAUCCAAAACCCCCAGGGGCCCCGCUCCGUGCCCUUCCUGGGGGACAACCCCUGCGUCCCGUUCUUUUACCGGCCCGACGAGCAGGACGAAGUCAAGAUCCUGGUGGUCUGAUGAUGAUGAUGAGACUAUGAAGCUAACUGGCAAUGUUGGAGGAUCUGUGAACACACACACCAUUCCACCACGUCACACUCCACUUAGGUCAUCUAGGAUGUACACGUACACACCGUUCUGGGUAUACUGUCUCUCACACACAUGCACACUCACUUUCUCUACUUUCUGGGAGAGGUUGUUUCCUCCUUCUUUCUCACUUCCUUUUGAGUCCUUGGCUGGUCUUGCAUGCCGUUUCUUUUCUUCAUUGCACUAACAGAGUGACUUAAGGAUGUGAACUCCUUGUGUAAAUGUGUGUGGUGGCCUUCCUCUCCUCGUCCAGCUCUUCCUCCUCCUUCGCAACCUCCUUACUUGCAGUGUGAAUGUUUGUCCGCUUUUUCUGUCUCUUUUAAUUGGUAUUUAAUACCGUUAGAUGAUUGGGAAGUAUUUCACCGGAUGCUAUUGAGAUUCUUCCUGUGAUUCUCUUGAUGGAGAGAUGUUUAUUCCUGCACAUUGAUCCCUCCUCUGUUCACUAUCUUCUCCCCUUCUCUGCCAUUUGAACCAUAGGCGCAAUAAAGUAUCUCUGUCCCUCAGUCAUUGUCUAUUACAGGAGAAAUGUAAGGCUUUGAGUGAGACGUUAGCGGCAACAAUGGAAUACAUGAAACGGUAUCAAACACACAAAACGCAUGGAAACCACAUGUUUGACUCCAUUCCAUUGAUUCAAUUCAGCUCUUACAAUGAGCCCGUCCUCCUAUAGCUCCUCCCACCAUCCUCCACUAGUACCUUUAUGUUAAGGCACUAACUGGAUCCCCAUUCACAAUGUGUCUGACUCUGGAGCAGAACUGGGCUAGUCUGUCUGUGUUUGGUAGGACAGACAUGGCUUGGUUUUGCGUCUGACUCUGGAGCAGAACUGGGCUAGUCUGUCUGUGUUUGGUAGGACAGACAUGGCUUGGUUUUGUGUCUGACUCUGGAGCAGAACUGGGCUAGUCUGUGUUUGGUAGGACAGACAUGGCUUGGUUUUGUGUCUGACUCUGGAGCAGAACUGGGCUAGUCUGUCUGUGUUUGGUAGGACAGACAUGGCUUGGUUUUGUGUCUGACUGGAGCAGAACUGUGCUAGUCUGUCUGUUUGGUAGGAAGACAGACAUGGCUUGGUUUUGGCGCGUGGGUUGUCUCAAUUAAUUUCCUCGUCGCCUUUCCUCCAUGACCACUGAUCGGCAACAAGACUGACUCACUCAGACAAGUGGUCAUGAAUGGAGGAGUACCGUAUUGAGGCACAGCCCUUGGUAGCUGUUGGUAUGUUCUAUGGCAGUGUAGUGAGUGUGUUGUCUGAGUAGGGCAGGAUAGCAGGUGGGGUAAAGGAGGGCAGGAGGAGUUGGGUACAGUACAUGAAGGAGGUAAGGGCCAGGCUGGAGCCUUGGCCUACCUGAGGUGGAAGUCAGUCAGGAAAGCAUUGGUAAAGACACUAGCAUUUGGAGUGAUGGGAGCAGUUUGCACUUUUCACUUCUAAGUAGGGAGACAGCAUAGGACGUCAGGAAAGAGGAACUAGCAUGUAGACACAUGGCUGCUCACCCCUACAACUACCUUGUCUAUCCAUCCUCUUUUAUGUGGAAACACUGAAAUCUGAACAUAUGUAUGUACACUAGAGCUUUAUCUUAUUUAUGCACAUAAGCCAGUCAACUCAGUUGUAUUCCUCAAGUUUGCUAUGCGUUUAUUUAUUUGAGGCCCCAUUUCAUAGCACCAGUUGAUCAUCUCUUGUUUAUCAAUCUUUCAAUUAUGUUGUGCUUGUUGCCCCUCAACAUAUCUCAUUUAUAAUUUAAGUCACUCCCUUUGAGACUGGAUGAAGAUUGUGAGUCUGUUUGAUAAAUGAUUCAAUCUCAAUUGUAUCCUCAUGUCAUUGUCUCUUCUCUCUAAAGUUACAUGGGCUUUUACUGUAGGUUAUUGCACUAAAAUUGGACAGACCUUGUAAUCAAACCCUGUCCCAUCUCACUUAGUUUUGGACAGUAGCUUUUCUAUGGCAGAUCCAUUCUAGACAUUUGGUUUCUAUACUUGGGAGCCCUAUGUCAUCAUGUGCACUUUGGCACAUCGGGGCUCAGAGUUCCACGAAUGAAGACAGAGUGUGUGUUGAAGUGACCGAAAGAUUGUGUGUGUGCGCUAGGAGGAUGUGUAGGUAUGUACAUAUGAAUAGAGGGUUGUAAUGAUUCCAGUAACACAAGUCAUGGGCAAUGGGGUAAGCUUUGCUGUUUGAUUGACAGAUGUAAGAAGGUCCUCUGUUUUUAGAUAACCUUAAUGAUGACAACCUACAAUGAUGACCCAAAUAAAGAUGAAAUUGCCAUAGGCGCAUCUCUGCCACCCCGCAGUUUUUGGGGAAAUGUGUGAACUCCCAUAAUAUUUUGGAAUUUUUAUGCUUCCAGUGUAUCUCUGACUACCAAUGUCCGAAUGUUAUUUUUAUUCAAGAAUGGAAGUCUUUAAGCAUGUCAAAAACAGUCUGAAAAGAGUGGUUCUGGAGAGAGUUUUCAGGUGUGUGUACCUAAUCUGAACCAUGUCUAACCUGAAGCAAAGCACUUUUCAUAGUAGGACUUGACGUGGUUUCUGUUGAAAGUGAUCCCAUCUGAAUAUUUAAAUUCAUGGCUUUCUUUGCAUUUUCUUUUCCUUUUAGAGAGAGAACUUUUGUUUUGGGAGUGGUAAAACCAAGAGAAUAUUUUAGUCAUUUACAGCUAUUGUUUUGGAGGGGGUGACGAGAGAGUAAAAGUAACAGGUGAAAUAGUUUUCCCACGCUUUCUAAUUCAAACUGUUCUUUUGAAUGAAUGUGUGGGAUUGAACACAUGAUGAUUAAGAGACAGAGGUGAAUGCCUUCUGUUUAAAGGAACUGUAUAUACUGUAACUGUGUAACAUAUUGUAUAUUCAUUCUGCCUGGUGUGUGGGAAUAAGUGUAAUGGCUGUUUGUAGUGUUGCUAGCAGCCCAGAGGGCUUGUCUGUGUGUCUGUCUGAGCCAUUGUUGGCUUCAGGACACACACGGACAGCUGAAGUGAAGGGGUGGGGGUACCGUCUGUGAUUUAAUACAAAAGUAAAAAAAUAUAUUUAAUUGUAAUAAGUAUCGAAACUAAUCAGUUUUAAUGCAAUGUAGGAUUGUUGUGAGAGAACAAAAUGGCUUCCGGCAGUAUAUUUCUGAUGUGAUUUCUCCUGAUUAAAAGUGAUUGAGCAAAGCA